AUGGCGCGAUGCUCCGCCCCAGCCACGAUGACUGAUGCAAAAUUAGACCGCGGACAUUUAUCUUCGGGGCUGAUCGAUUGCUUAUUUUCAAACAUAAGCUCGCCGUUGCAGGUGCUAAUUUUGGCCAAGGCGAUGGAGCCGAGCGAGAGCGAGAGCGAAGGAUAUUCUAAGCCUCGACGGAUGGACACAUUUACAGCCCAUAGAGAUAUUCGACUGUACAAAUUUGUAGUGCCCAAUUUACGGAGGGCUGACUCGUUUUGUUACUUCGAGUCCCAGUGCACCUUCCUGCGUCGACUCUUUCCCUAUAAGCCCUAUAAGUUGCCUCUCUCGGCUUCCUCUCGACUCUGCAUUCUCAACUACCCAUCGUCUUUCACAACAGUCAGGAUGCGCUUCCACCUCGCUGUUCUCUUGGGCGUGGUCGGUUUAUCCAUCGCGGCCCCGGUUACCAACUCGACCACUCACAAGAUUCUCCCCGAUGGACUCCCAGUUCCAAGUCCCAGUGAGCUUGAGCUCAUUGAAGACAAAGCGCGAGGGACCCUUCCGAACGGGCCUCCUCCUCCCGCCAUCAGUGAGGGAGGACUGGUCAACCUCAAACUUGUGGCAUUCAACGAGUUAUUCGAAGUCGCCUUCUUUCAUGAACUCAUCACGAACAUCACCGAUAAAGUCUUGGGUUACCGCUUCUCAAAUGAAGAUGAUUAUCACUUUGUUCUUAAUGGCUUGAAAGCCAUCCUGGCGCAAGAGGAACUGCAUGUUCUCGACGCUAACAAUGCCCUAUCCCACUUCGGCAUCGAGCCCAUCGAGCCAUGCCAGUACAGAUUCCCCGUCCAGGACUUCGAUUCAGCCAUCCUCCUUGCCAGUACCUUUACAGACGUGGUUCUGGGCACCUUGCAGGACGUUGUGGAGCGCUUCGCUAUUGGUGGUGACUUUGGCUUGUCGCGUGCUGUCUCAUCAAUUAUUGGACAGGAGGGCGAACAACAGGGUUGGUUCCGCAUCAUGCAGGGAAAGGUCCCUAGCGAACUGCCCUUCUUGACAACCAGUGAUCUCAACUUUGCAUUCACUGCAAUCCAGAGCUUCAUUGUCCCAAACUCAUGUCCUAAUAUCGGGUCUAUUCCCCUCGAGACUUUCGAACCUUUGAACAUUAUCAAGUCUCCAUCUGCGCGGACUGGGAACAUCGUGGUUUCUUUCUUCGAUCAUCUUCACGAGACUACGGACGGUAUCUUGUGGAUUGUUUACGUCAAUCAGCAAAACCUUCCUAUCGUCGAACCUCUUCAGGUCAUCUCCCGGGAGAAUAAUGAAGUCGUUGCCGAGGCUUUGUUCCCUUGGGACGCAUAUGAGAUGAACGGAUUGACCUUUGCUGUGGUGACUGCAAGCGAGGGACCAUUCCCAAAUGCGUACAGUGUGGCCAAGGCGACGAUUGCCGGACCUGGUAUUUUCAUGAUCAACUGA